CUCUGUACUUCUUGUCUGGAGAAAACCUUGGGCUAGAGAUAAGGCCACUUCUAAAAAUGUAUUUCUAGCAGCUCACACUUCCAGUCCACCAGUCUGGGUCUGAGGCUGUGUCAAGAUCAUGAAGUACAUACUGUUUGUUGCCUUUGUUGGUGUGGCUGUUGCCUUUCCCGUCAACACUGACGAUGAUGAUGACAAGAUCGUGGGAGGCUACACCUGUGCAGCGAACUCUGUCCCCUAUCAGGUGUCCCUGAAUUCUGGUUAUCACUUCUGUGGAGGUUCCCUCAUCAGCAGCCAGUGGGUCCUUUCAGCUGCUCACUGCUACAAGACCCGCAUCCAAGUGCAGCUUGGGAAACAGAACCUGGCACUCACAGAAUCGACACAGCAGUUGAUUAAUGCAGCUAAAAUCAUCCGCCACCCUAAUUACAGCUCCAAAACACUGGACAACGACAUUAUGCUCAUCAAGCUUGCCGAACCAGCCCGGCUCAACCGAGCUGUCCAAACAGUUCCUCUGCCAACCAGCUGUGUGGCCGCAGGCACCACAUGCCUGAUCUCCGGCUGGGGCAACCUGCUCAGCUAUGGCAGUCUGUAUCCAGAUGACUUGCAGUGCUUGGAUGCUCCUGUACUCACCUCAAGCCAGUGCAGCCAAGCCUACCCCGGGAAAAUUACCAACAACAUGAUAUGUGUAGGAUUCCUGGAGGGAGGAAAAGACUCCUGCCAGGGGGAUUCCGGAGGUCCAGUAGUCUGCAACGGGCAGCUCCAGGGCAUUGUUUCUUGGGGUACUGGAUGUGCACAGAGAGGCUAUCCUGGGGUUUACACUAAGGUUUGCAAUUAUGUCUCCUGGAUCGAAGCAACUGUGGCUGCAAACUGAGACUCUCUUGUUCUAUGCAUCCUGGUUUUUCUCAUCAUUUUCUUCUGUUUUGGGACUGGAGAGACAAAAAUGAUUAAAAAAAAAAAAAUAAAGACUUUCAGGCACCUCU